GAUGCUACGAGAUGCUUCUACGAGAUGCUUCGGUUGAGCUCCAUGAAGCCUCCUUGGAUUCAGGCUGGGGAACCCGAGGACUUGAAAUGACAUUUCCAUGCUGCUUCCUCCACCUUCCCUCAAAAUCACACACUAUACUGGACCCUGCAGCUUGGAAUUUGCCGCUCUUGCCCGCCCCACACACCUCCCGGCUCCAGGCGCCUGCACCGGAAGGACAUCCCAAGCCUCCUCCGGCACCGGCACCGGAGCACUUAAAGGAGCCAGAGGCCACGCUGAUUGGUUGAAGCUCGUGAGCCACUGUCAAAGCCAACCAAUCCUGGGUCUCUGCUGAGCAAGGUACAGUCUGUGCCGCGAUCGCUCUGGAGCUCUGGCUAGAGGCCUCUGCAGUGGCCACCGCCCCGCACCGCGUCGCGUGAUCUCCAGAGGGACACUCCUACCUUCCUUCUACCUUUAGCUGUGAACCUGAGAUUUCCCUGACACAUCCAAAGUCCAAGUCCAAGAGUGCAAGGCCCAGAAAGAGGUCAAGAUGGGGUUUAUAUUUUCGAAAUCUAUGAAUGAAAACAUGAAAAAUCAACAGGAGUUCAUGGUUAUGCACGCUCGACUUCAGCUGGAAAGACAGCUGAUCAUGCAGAAUGAGAUGAGAGAACGGCAAAUGGCUAUGCAGAUCGCCUGGUCUCGGGAAUUCCUCAAAUAUUUUGGAACGUUUUUUGGCAUCGCAACGAUCUCUUUAGCAGCUGGAGCAAUAAAGCGAAAGAAGCCAGCUUUUCUUAUUCCUAUAGUUCCCCUAAGUUUCAUCUUCACCUACCAGUAUGACCUGGGCUACGGAACUCUUCUACAAAGAAUGAAAAGUGAAGCUGAAGACAUAUUGGAAACAGAAAAGACAAAGUUGGAGCUGCCAAAAGGACUCAUCACCUUUGAAAGCCUUGAAAAAGCCAGAAGGGAGCAGAGUAAAUUCUUCUCAGACAAAUGAAGUCCCACUUAUCCUCGAAGCACAUACUGCGUCUCAAAAGCACAAAAUCGUUGGCUUGAAUCAUGGUGUUUACAGUUUUUUUAAAUGAUCAAGAUUUUGAUACAAUGCAUUUUUAUUUUAGAAUAUUAAAAUCCGAAGUGAGUUUGUUGAACUAUUUUAAAAUAAAAUUUCUAACACUCAACCAAACCAUGGCAGUAUCCUAAGUAACAUUAAGAUUUCUCGUGUGUAUGUGUGUUUUUUUCAAGUAUCCAAGUGCAAAAUUAAUAAAUUAUGUUGUUCUGAAUCUGA